AGAUAGACCAGUAGUCUGUACACUUACUCAUCAUGAUGAAGCUGAUUCUGUCUCUCGCUCUACUCUGGAUGCUCUGCAGCACAGUUGGAGCUCUUAUGUGUGAGGAUAGUAAAAAAAACACCAACCAUAGCUGUGCACCCAAUGAAUACUGUGCAGCAGCUGCCUCACAAGGCAGCCCAGGAGAUCAGCAGUCCAAAUCAUGUGUGUCGUCCUCCAUCUGCGAUCCAGUCAAUCAGAUGUUUUCGUUCAACUUUGGCUUCUAUAACCUCACUGCCUCAGUUAAGUGCUGCAAAACAAACAGCUGCAACAGUGAUGAUGUGACCUACCCCGCUAAACAAAAAGAAAAUGUCCUAAAGUGUUUCACCUGUGACAACUGUACCGAGACUGUACAGUGUGGGGGAGACCAGGACCGCUGCCUCAGUGGGAGUGUGGCGACAAAGAACACUGCCAAAAAAGUCUUUGGCUGUGCCUCGAAAAACCUGUGUGACGCUUCCUCCAAGCUGAAUUUCCUGUCUGACUAUCUCAACUUCACCAGUGGACCAAAGUGUUGUGUUUCCAGUCUUUGUAAUUCUGCCUCAGCGGUCAAACUGAGUGUUGCUCCUUUCCUGCUUGGACUCAUAAUGCUUGCUGCCUGUUAAAACAAAGAGCAGAGCCUAAUGUAGCUGUAAAGUGAACUGGAAAAAAAUGAUGAGAACAUUAGGAGUUACCUAUUAUCACUACGUUUUGUGAUAUGUUUGUUAUAAUUUAAAAUUUGAAUCUUAACAAAAUUGAAUUAAUAUGGGUCAACAGCAUAUCCCCUCUUAGUCCAAUAUUUACUAUUCUUUUAGCUCUGCUUUGGUCUCCACCACCUCCAUAUGAAAAUAUCUAUCAGUAAUAUUUUUGUUUAUUUGCCACUUACAUUUACGUACAUAUAGACUGAGUGUUAUGUCAUGUAACCAACCAUACUACUAAUCAAAUCUUUAAAAUCAAAAUGAUUUAAUUGGCUCUCUUGUUUUGUUUCUGUUGUAAUAUUUGAAAUAUAAAUGAAUGACUACUGUAAUAUGUACUUACC